AUGCCCUUCGGCCAGCUCGUUCUCGGCAGUCCCGGCGCGGGCAAAAGCACGUUUUGCGAUGGGAUGCACCAGUUUCUGGGCGCCAUCGGCAGGGCGUGCUCCGUCGUCAACCUCGACCCCGCAAAUGAUCGGACCAACUACCCGUGCGCCCUCGAUAUUCGAGAGCUGGUCAAGCUGGAGGAGGCCAUGGCCGACGACAAGCUCGGCCCGAACGGCGGCAUACUAUACGCCCUCGAAGAGUUGGAGAAUAACUUUGACUGGCUAGAAGAAGGCUUGAAGGAGCUAGGCGAAGACUAUCUUGUCGUAGUCCACCUCUCCGACUGCAUAUGCUUAACCCAGCCUUCCCUUUAUAUAUCGAACAUCCUCCUCUCACUCCGUGGCAUGCUUCAGAUGGACAUGCCAUGUGUCAAUGUGUUGACGAAAAUCGACAAAAUCUCCACCUACGAUGCUCUGCCAUAUAGCCUUGAUUACUAUACCGACGUUGAUGACCUUUCCCGACUUCAACCAUACCUCGAGGAGGAGAUUCCUUCCAGGCGAAGCAACAAGUUUAGUCGCCUCACCGAGCUGAUCGGGCAAAUGAUUGAAAGCUACGGCCUCGUUCGGUACGAAGUCCUGGCUGUGGAGAACAAGAGAAGCAUGAUGCAUCUCCUCCGAGUCAUCGAUAGGGCAGGCGGCUAUGUUUUUGGCGGUGCCGAAGGAGCAAACGAUACAGUAUGGCAGGUUGCCAUGAGGAACGAGGCGUCCAUCAUGGAUGUGCCUGAUUUGCAGGAGCGGUGGAUCGAUAAUAAGGAGGCGUACGAUGAGAUGGAAAGAGAGGAGGAAGACGAGCAUGUGAGACGGAAUGCAGAUGCAUCAAUGGAUCUAGACGACGAAUGA